AUGAGUGUCAUGCGAGUAGCCGGACUGUCCGGCCUCAUCCUGAGCCGGGCCCUGGCCAUGACGGUGGACUUCACUCAAACUGAAUCAAUCAAGAAAGGCGCAGGCGAGGCUGCUUGGAAUAUGGUCCGCUAUUACACUGGCAACAACACUGGUGAUACCCCAGGCAAUCUACCUGACCCAUAUUAUUGGUGGGAAGCCGGUGCUAUGUUUGGAGCUUUGAUCGACUACUGGGUAUUCACGGGCGACGAUUCGUAUAACACCAUUACCUUCCAAGCCAUGCAACAUCAAGUUGGAGAUAACGACGAUUACAUGCCCCAGAACCAAACACGGAGUUUAGGUAACGACGAUCAGGGAUUCUGGCUUAUGGCUGCCAUGACAGCAGCCGAAAAUAACUUUACCAACCCGGCCUCAAAUCAGGCACAAUGGCUAGCUCUCGCACAGGCUGGCUUUAACGAGUACGUCAGCCGGUGGGAUGAUGCAGACGAUACGUGCGGCGGCGGCUUGCGAUGGCAGAUCUACACCUUCAACAACGGAUAUAAUUAUAAGAAUUCUAUCGCCAACGGGUGCUUUUUCAAUAUCGCAGCGCGCCUGGCCAGAUAUACCGGUAAUACGACGUAUUCAGACUGGGCCGAGAAGAUCUUUUCCUGGGAGCGCGGAGUGAAUUUUAUUAAUACGGAUUGGCAGGUGCUUGACGGUGCAGGAAAUGCUGGUACGGAGAAUUGCACGCAAAUUAAUGGUGCUCUAUUCACGUAUAAUGCCGGAAUCUUCCUCUACGGUGCGGCACACAUGUAUAAUCUCACCUCGUCUGAUACCUGGAAACAACGUGUCACAGGCCUGGCAACUAGCAUCACGACCACGUUCUUCAAGGACGGAAUCAUGUGGGAACCGCCCUGCGAGGCCACCGCUUGUGACACUGACCAACAGGCCUUCAAGGGGCACCUGGCGCGCUGGAUGGCCCUCACCGCCAAGUUAGCAGACUUCACGUACGACGAAUUCAUGCCCCUUCUUAAGUCCUCAGGCGUGGCUGCGGCUGAGCAAUGCUCAGGGUCUCCUACCUCUGAUUGGAAGGGCCACUCCGGUACGGCCUGCGGCUUCAGCUGGCUGAAGAACUCGACCUGGGACGGGAACUAUGGAGUGGGUGAGCAGAUGAACGCCAUGUCGGUCAUCAUGACGCAACUUCUUUCCGAGGCUGCCGCCCCAUACACGUCGACGACAGGAGGGAGCUCGGUCGGCAACGCAAAUGCGGGCUCCAACACCAACUCUGACAACCUCGACCCAGCGCCCAUCACCACAGGGGACAGGAUAGGGGCAGGCAUAUUGACGACAACAAUUAUAGCGUCCUUGUUGGCAUCUGUAGUGCUGAUGAUAAAGGAGUGA